AUGCCGCACCCACAGUCGGCCGCUGAGCUUCUAGAGCUCGGCAAGGCUUUCUAUGCCCAGCGGAACUAUGAACGUGCCCUCAAGGCAUUUAGCGACGCCUUCGCCGCGUCUGCUUCCAGUGAUAUCAAAUUCCUCGACAUGGCGGUCGCCUGCCACAUUAAGCUGGAUGAUCUCAACUCCGCUCUGUCCCUGAGCCGAAAAAUCACCAAGCACGCUCCCAAGGAUUGCCGCGGUUAUCUUCGCAUGGGCCAGGUUCUACAGCUACAAGAAAAGCCCGAAAUGGCCCUUGAAGUUUACAAGCUGGGCCUGCGCCGCUGCCCAUCCGAAGACCCUGAAAAGCUUCAUUUAAUGCAAGCGAAACGCGAUGAAUUGACCCGGCGACUGGCCAAGCCCAAAUCCCAAGAUCCCAUCGUCGUGCUUCCUGCUGAAAUCAUGGAUCUGGUGAUGGGGCAUUUGAACUUUAAGCAGAGAGUAACCUGCCUACGCGUGUCCAAACACUGGAGAGACUUCCUGUCGCAUCAGCCGGUACUGUGGGCGGAGCUCGAUCUGUCCCUCGCCCGGAGACCAGUGCCGCAGUCUUUUGUUCGCAACUGCAUAUAUCGCUCCAAAGAUAAGAAGACUAACACAUUUCUCUUACACACCGCCAAAUUUAAUCGCAUGAGAGACGCAGACAUGGUAAUGAAACUCGUCAGGGCAUGCCGUAAGCUUGAAGCGCUUGAGUUUCUGGGUUCGGAGUUGUCUGGUUCAUCAAUCAAAGACCCCGUCGCUUCCUGCAAUGGUCUUCGAUCUCUUAAGCUUGGCAAGUCUGCUGUCAUCACAUUGGACGCCGUCACCCAAAUACUUAAAGGGAGGCUGACGCUAGUCACCGCUGAAUUUGAGAAUGUUGAGGCUCGAAGGGAUGCCACUUGGGAUACAGACCUCCCCAAUCUUCAAACGCUCUCCCUGGGGGCUGGUAGUGUCCAAGAGAUUGGUGUCCACGUCCUCUCCAUGCAUCAACUCGUCGACCGCAUACCAAACAUCAGAUCCUUAGUUCUGACAGGCUGGAAGUACCACAUGGGCCUCGCCGUUGACGCGAACUUCAGUGGCCUCCAGCACCUCGAAACCCUCCAUCUGAACAACACCUUCUUCGCAUGGCAGCCUCGCCUACCAAAAUCCGUCAAGCAUCUUACCUUAACAGCCAGUUGGGGAUGGAGCAGUACGCUCUCCAUCCAACGAAUGGUAGAAAUCAAUCUACCAGCCAUCGAAGAGCUUAACUACAUCAACGAAGGUUCUGAACGCGACACUUCUCAGCGCUUCAUUCACACUCUUCUACAUAAAAUGGACAGCGAAGUUACCCGAGACACCCCCUACAAGAUCGUCGAUGGCGAAGCCCUGUGCCAUCUUGACAAUCGCUCUCUCCGCAAGUUUUUGCUCGAACGCUGCCCCUCGGGAUCGUCAGGAGAACUGAUUAAAAUCCUGACUGAUAUCCCUCGUCUCCAUGGCACCGAAGACUUGACUCUCGUGCAAGCCGAAUUCAAUGAUGAAGUCGCGUUUGCACAAGCAAUCAUCGAUAAUUACCGCAAUCUCAAACGCCUCAGCAUUCCCAGUUGCAAGAUAACUGGCGUCGGCAUCAAGAUGCUCAUCAAAGAGCUUCGAGACCGAGCACCCUCGGACGGUGGGGAGGACGGAAAGCGAGCUCGCCAGGGCUUGGAAUACUUAAACGUCGACUGGUGCACCAGCAUCUCUCCGGAUGCCGUCGAAUGGGCUCGUGGUCAAGGCGUUGAGGUGUCUUGGAAAACGACAGUACCGAAGCCGUCUGGGAAGAAGAUUAGGUAUGCUUGA